GACAAUGAUGGUCACUAUUCUCUUAAAUAUCUGCUCUUUGUUUAUUCUCUUCCCCAACAACCCUUAUUCUCAUCAACAAAAUUAUAGUUUAAGUCUGUCAUUUAAUCACCAAAGCAUCCUAUCAGAUGCCAGCCGGAGAGUCAGUGUAACUGAUAUCAGCAAGGAUGUUGGACAAGACCACAAUGCUCUUGCUUGUCUGUAUAAAACAGCAACAUUAAGUCGAUACUCUCGUCUUGUUCGGUAUCUUAAUGACUCUAUGAUCCUUUCGACCGGUCACUUUGGAUGGAUCAGCUUAUUAACACUUUGGAAUUCCAUACCAAUGGCCACAUUGUAU